CUGGAGCCACCGCCCGGAUUCCGACGUCUUGGGGUUUAGAUUUUCAGAGGCUUACCUGUUCGAUUUUCAACCUGCUUCUGCCGGUAUCUUGGUGUCCAGCGACUGUGAAUCCUAAGCGAGGGCAGCGGAAGGCAAGGGAGCGGGAAAUGGAGAAGAUAACCUUUGAGGAUGUGGCCAUAAAUUUCACCAGGGAAGAAUGGACUUUGUUAAAACUUUCUCAAAAGAAGCUCUACAGAGAUGUGAUGUUGGAAACCUUGAGCAACCUGGCCUCUAUUGAACAGAAGCAGGAAAAAGAACACAAUGAAGUUAACUGCAAAAAUCCCAGGGAAGACUUAAGACAAGAAGAAAUUGACACUGAACUUAAGCACUGCUAUAAAUGUAUGCAUUGUGGAAGAUCCUUCCCUAACUCCAGUACCCUUCAAGAGCAUAAAAGAAUUCACCCUGGGGAGAAACUCUAUGGACAUGAGCAAUGUGGGAAAACAUUUGCUGUUUGCGAAUCCCUUCGAGGACAUGGAAGAAUUCGUACUGGAGAGAAACCCUACUUAUGUAAGCAAUGUGGAAAAUCAUUCCUUCUUCCUCCUUGCCUUCAAAGACAUAAAGGAACUCACACAGGAGAGAAACCCUAUGGAUGUCAGCAGUGUGGGAAAACAUUCACUUUUCCGAGUGCCUGUCAAAGACAUGAAAGAUCUCACACUGGAGAGAAACCCUAUGAAUGUAAGCAAUGUGGAAAAACCUUGAAGUCCUCUAGUUCCCUUAAAACACACGAAAGUAUUCACAGUGGAGAGAAAUCCUAUGAAUGUAAGCAAUGUGGGAAAGCAUUCACUUUUUCCAGUGCCCUUCGAAGGCACGAAAGAACUCACACUGGUGAGAAACACUUUGUAUGUGAGAAGUGUGGCAAAGCCUUCACUGACUCUAGUCACCUUCAGUCACAUCAAAGAACUCACACAGGAGAGAAACCCUAUGAAUGUAAGCAAUGUGGGAAAACAUUCAGUGUUUCCUGUGCCCUUCGAAGGCACAAAAGAACUCACACUGGAGAGAAGCCCUUUGCAUGUGAGAAGUGUGGCAAAGCCUUCACUGACUCUAGUCACCUUCAAUCACAUCAAAGAACUCACACAGGAGAGAGACCCUAUGGAUGUAAGCAGUGUGGGAAAACAUUCACUUUUCCUAGUGCCCUUCGACGACACCAAACAAUUCACACUGGAGAGAAACCCUUUGGAUGUAAGCAGUGUGGGAAAACAUUCAGUGUUUCCUGUGCCCUUCAAAGGCACAAAGUGACUCACACUGGAGAGAAACCCUUUGCAUGUGAAAAGUGUGGGAAAACAUUCAGUAUUUCCUAUGCCCUUCGAAGGCACAAAAGAACUCACACUGGAGAGAAACGCUUUACAUGUGAGAAGUGUGGCAAAGCCUUCACUGACUCUUGUCAUCUUCAGUCACAUCAAAGAACUCACACAGGAGAGAAACCCUAUGAAUGUAAGCAAUGUGGGAAAACAUUCACUUUUCCCAAUGCCCUUCGAAGACACCAAAGAAUUCACAGUGGAGAGAAAUCCUAUGGAUGUAAGCAGUGUGGGAAAACAUUCAGUGUUUCCUGUGCCCUUCGAAGGCACAAAAUGACUCACACUGGAGAGAAACCCUUUGCAUGUGAGAAGUGUGGCAAAGCCUUCACUGACUUCAGUUACCUUCAGUCACAUCAAAGAACUCACACUGCAGAAAAACCCUAUGAAUGUAAGCAAUGUGGAGAAACAUUCAGUGGUUCCUGUGCCCUUCGAAGGCACAAAAGAACUCAUGGAGAGAAACACUUUGCAUGUGAGAAGUGUGGCAAAGCCUUCACUGACUCUAGUCACCUUCAUUCACAUCAAGGAACUCACACAGGAGAGAAACCCUAUGAAUGGUAGCAAUGUGGGAAAAACAUCCACUUUUCCAGUGCCCUUCGAAGACACCAAACAAUUCACACUGGAGAGAAACCCUAUGGAUGUAAGCAGUGUGGGAAAACAUUCAGUGUUUCCUGUGCCCUUCGAAGGCACAAAAUGACUCACACUGGAGAGAAACACUUUGCAUGUGAGAAGUGUGGCAAAGUCUUUACUGACUCUAGUCACCUUCAAUCACAUCAAAGAACUCACACAGGAGAGAAACCCUAUGAAUGUAAGCAAUGUGGGAAAACAUUCACUUUUCCUAGUGCCCUUCGAAGACACCAAACAAUUCACACUGGAGAGAAACCCUAUGGAUGUAAGCAAAGUGGGAAAACCUUAAAGUCCUCUAGCGCCUUUACAACACAUGAAAGAACUCACACUGGAGAGAAACCCUAUGGAUGUAAGAAAUGUGGGAAAACCUUCCCUUCUUCUAGUUACCUUAAAGCACAUGAAAGAACUCACAUUGGAGAGAAACCCAAUAGAUGUAAGCAAUGUGGGAAAACAUUUACUUUUUCCUCUCACCUUCAAAGACAUGAAAACACUCACAUUGCAGAGAAGCAAAGAAUGUAAGCAAUGUGAGAAAUCCUUUACUCUUUCCUGUACUCUGUAAAGACAUGAAAACACUGGAGCAUAACCCUACAGUUGUAAGCAGUGUGAGAAAACAUUCGUUGAUUUGAUGUCCUACUCAGAUAAUAAUCUGAAUAGCUAGACUUUCAUAGUUAUAGUGAGUAUGGUUCCUGGCUUAUUUUGUUUUUUUUGACACAGGAUGUUAGUUUUAGUGUAGUCCUGGCUGCCUUAGAACUUGUGAUUUUCUUUCUUCAAGAGGAGAAACUGUUUCUUGUGUAUCUUCACAGUGAUCAUGACUAUUUAGGGUCCUGAGAUGAGGGUUCUAGGCAUAGACUCCUCUUUUUCUGUAAUAAUAAACCAGUCCAGGUGCGAUCUCAGUAAUCCUCUGUACACUGAACUUUCGGAGAGUGUAGGUAGCUUUCUAUUUAGGUACAGGCAUCUGCCAAGGUCCCCAGCGAGGGGUUGGGGUUCCUGAGAUGUCCAGAAG